AUGAAGAAGAAAAAGCUCGAUUCAUUUGAAGCUCUUGCUAAGCACGAUAAGCAAGCCGCAGCUGCUCUGGUGGAAUUAGCACAUAAUACUAAGGCACAACCACUUGAAGGUAACAAUAUUGGUCUAUUCGGCUUGACAUCGACAGGGAAGUCAACAAUGCUUAAUAGUCUCAUUGGGUCUAAAGUAGCCGCCACAGGGUCUGGUGAAACAACAAUGGAAAUUAAAUCAUAUUCUGCCCAAAAAUUUAUCCUAUGGGAUAUACCUGGACGGAACGAUGAAAUGUCUUAUCUCAGUAUGAAUUACAUAUCUUUUUGGAAAGGUUUGACUCGAAGAUUAGUAUUGAUUACGACAACGGUGAAGGAGAAUACAAGCAUGAUGAAAUUGCUGGAUGCCAUCGGUUUACAUUAUGAUAUUGUGGCAAAUAAAUUUGAUCAAGUAGACGAAGAAGACCAAGACAAAUUUCGAAAUCAAAUAAAAGCUGAAAUAAGUACAACAGGUCUCAAAGGUGUCGAUCAUGUUUUCCUUGUCAGUGCCAAAAAUCCAAAAAUGUUUCCUGAUUGGCUUACAAUGGUCGAUUAUUUAACUGGUUCAACUAAUUGA